GCGAUACCUACACACCGCAGGAUCCAAUCCACUUGCAUUUCAGCUCAGGAAGCCUCUGCUACUUUGCUUGGCCUGUACAGUAAUACAGAUAAAGACCUGCAGUUCUUUGGUCUCUUUAGUGAGGACUGAGGAGUUUGGUUGGAGAUUGUUGAGGAGAUGGGCAUCGUCGACGUUGUCUCCGAGUUCUGCUCCGUGCCGAGGACUCGCCGACACCUCAAGAAGAGGAAACAAUUCCAGACAGUGGAGAUGAAGGUGCGGAUAGACUGCGAAGGCUGUGAAAGGAAGAUCAAGAAGGCCCUUGAGGACAUGAAAGGGGUGAGCUCGGUGGAGGUGACGGCGAAGCAGAACAAGGUGACGGUGACGGGGUACGUGGACGCCGGGAAGGUGAUGCGGCGCGUGGCGUACAAGACCGGGAAGCGGGUGGAGCCAUGGCCAUACGUGCCGUACGACACGGUGGCGCACCCCUACGCACCGGGCGCCUACGACAAGAAGGCCCCCGCGGGGUACGUGCGCAACGUGGUGUCCGACCCCUCCGCCGCACCGCUCGCCCGCGCCUCCUCCACCGAGGUCCGCUACACCGCUGCCUUCAGCGACGAGAACCCCAACGCCUGCUCCGUCAUGUAGCUAGCUGUGUGUCCCCGGGACGACGACGAAGCAGCCUAGCAGGGUGUUUUUGUUGCCCCUUGCAGCUGUAAUAAUAUUCUGUGUGUCCAGAUUCGCCAUCCCUCAAAAAUCUUUCAUAGUAUUAUAGAAGGGAGGAAGUAGUAAUUUUUCCAGCUGUAGUAAUGUUCUUUGCUUUAGAUAGGGUGUUGUGUUACUAUUGGACUCUCUUUUGCUUGUGCUUUUGGUUUCUGAUGUAAAAUACUCCAUCAUGUUCUUGUUUGGUGAGAUGAAUCUUCAAAUCUGCAAAGUUGCAGAUCGGUUGUUUGAGCUUA